CUCAUCAGCCGAGUUCUUCCUUGACAGCUAGCAUACAAGGUGUGGCAAGAAUAGAACUGCUAUGAUUGAAUUAGUUGAUACCGAGACAACUUAGGUGACGACCGCGGCCUUCGAGUAGCACCCAUCGCCAGCCUGCUUUGACUUUUUACUAUUAUUUAGGCUCGUUGUGGCCCUCCGUGUCCUGCCCUGAGGGGGCUUAGGAGGCCUGUACAAGUUUCUAGGAUGGCAGGCACCGACGACGCUGUUGCCGCUAUGGCGCGCAGCAUUUUAGCAGAGAAGCGCGCUCGUAAAGCAGCGGAGGAUGAUGCCCUGCGCCUGUACAACCGCGUCAGGCAGCUGCAAAAGGAGGAGGACCGCGCCCAGAAGCGGAUUGUAGAGACAAAGAAGAAAGCAAAGGAGAUUAUUAAGCUUCGAGAGCGCAAUGAACAAAAGCUCAUUGAGAAGGAGCAGCGGAUGCGUGAGGAGGCAGAGAAGGUUGAGGAGCAGAAACUGGACAACCUCAAGCAGAAAGAGGAAGCGCUACGGCAUAGGAUUGAGCAGGAAAACAAAGUCUACCAGGACAAGCUCGAGGUGGUGCAGAAGACCAAGGAGGAGCGGGCAGAAAUCGAGCGCCUGCUUGCGGAGUCGCGCCUGCUGGCGCGCAAGGAGGCCCUGGAGCAGAAGGACACUAUUCGCAAGCAACAGGAGGACGCGCGGCGGAAGAUCGAGACGCUCAAGCUGCAAAAGCUCACGGCGGCCCAGGAGGAGUACGAGCGGCGUCUGCGCGAGGAGAUCGAGGCCAAGAUGGCGAAGGAGCAAGAAAUCGAGCGCCUGGCCCAAAUGGAGCUGGAGCUGAUCGAGCGACUCAAAAACAAGCAGGCGGAGCAGCGCAAGGCGUACCAGCAGCUGGAGGCGGUGCUGUCGCUGGGGAGCGUCAGCACAACCAAGGGGCUGCAGCAGGGCUCCAGAGCCAACAGCCCCAAGGUCACGGCGGCGCAGCCCUCGCCGGAGCGGCAGCCCUCCAACCUGUCGCAGCAGCAGCCACACGGCGGCGGUGGCACCCCGCAGUCGCAGACGUACGCGCCGCCGCCGGCCACGCCGCCGCAGGAGGCCGCGGACGAGGUGGAGGAGGGCGAGCCGACGGAGGAGGACGUGGCGCGCGCGUUUGCCAUGUACGACACAGACGGCGUGGGCGAGAUCCCGGCGCUCCAACUAGACGGCUUGUUGCGGGACCUGGGCGUGCCGCUGAACCCCAGCCAGCUGUCCCAGGCGAUAGCGCAGCUGGACACGAGCCAAACGGGGAAAAUUACCUUCGGCGAGUUCUUGCUGUGGUGGAAGGGGUGAACGGGCGGCGUAACAGCUGCCGGAGGACAGUGGCGGGCGUGUAUGCCCCGCCAUCAAAUAUAUUCGGCUGGCAGUGCGCGCUGCUGUGUGCAGAUUUGGUGGUUAUGGGGGCUGCAGUUGUUUUGUCUGCAGCACUGGCCACUGGAGACGCGCGCGCUGCGGGCGUAAGCGACGCGAGUCAUGUGUGGCGCGCGUUUGCGCGAGCGAGCGGUGGGAUAGUUCUUGCCGUUGCAGGUGGUGGUGUCAGCUGGUGGAAGGAUUCAGACAUGAAUAGGUUGAGGCUGUGGCUGUGGAGGGCGCCCGGGUAGGUAGGCCGUCACGCGAGGAAGCGUUGUCAGCACGCUCCGCUGUGUCGCGCUGCCUAGUGGGUGGGUGUGCAUUCGGCGUAUGCACGUGUACGGCGUGUUGGCGAGGAAGCGUCUGGCCCCAUGGACUGGGAUUGAGACAUGCUGUUACGUGACUGCAACAACUCCGCUCCAACGCUAGACGAGGUCAAAGUCUCAUAGCCUGCGAGCGGUUGCAAAGAAUGAAGCUGUCCGGAGAAGCAGGCGAGUAAAGCAGUGUAU